AUGUCCCUUAUUGAACCGGAUUUCUUUAGUUUUUUAAAAAAGUUGGAAGAAGAUGGUGAUAAACUAACAUCUGGCACCCCUUUAGAGGAAUCGCUUGAGUUUGAAUAUAAUAAUUCAAGUUGCUAUAUUUGCAAUGGUUACUACGGUCCUAGCUUUGGGGAACCAGUGUGUGUGACAUGCCACGCAUUUCUUUUCCCGGAUUUUCCGUCGUAUUUACCUAGCUCCUAUUUCUGCAGUGAAAAAACAGAUGACGGGGACUCUGGAAAUGAUGAGCCCUCUGACUUGAAUUUUAGCGCAGAGCGCAGACUGAACAAAUUAUGUUCAUUACCUUCUUGGUGUUAUCGGAAUUCAUUAGAUAGUGAGACAAGUCCAGAAGAUGAGAUAAGUCGCACAAGUACUUCAGGACCAGGAGUGAGUGGAAGCAUUAGUGGAGGCAGUGGAUCUGGCCCAUCAUUGGCAGCUCGUGACACAGCUGAAGAUUUAGCUGGGCAAGGGCCACCACCCCAGCCACCUAGCCUAGCUCGAUCCUUGCAAGCACUGUCUACACCGAGACCUCCUGAUAAUUUGGCCCCAGGAUUAGUUGAACACUUGCCCUCUGAAGUUCUGCUAUGCAUCUUCAGCUACCUGGACGACCUCUCGCUCUGCGCGUGCGCGUGUGUGUGCGCACGCUGGUGGCGGUUGGUACGUGCUCGCGUCCCACCGCCACGCUGGGCGGCGUUCGCAGCGCGCCGAUGGCCGCUCUUCAGGCCGCUGCUACCGCACUUCGACUGGCACAAGAAGUACCAGGCGCUGGUGGAGUCGUGCUUCUGCCGGAACUGUCUGGUGCAAAUGUGCGUACAGGCGCAACCGGUCGGUGACGAGAACGCCUGGCGUAGGAACAGGCUGCGCAGCGAAUUAAAGAUGAUGCGGAACGACCCGCCGGAAGGGAUUGCUGCCAGCCCCUUAGACUCCAAGUGCUGCCACUGGCAGGCUAGCGUGACUGGCCCCGUCGGGUCCCCAUACGAAGGCGGCGUCUUCUAUCUUUACAUACAAGUCCCCUACUCCUAUCCCAUGAGCCCGCCAGUGGUGCGUUUCCUGACGCGGAUCCUGCACCCGAAUGUAUCACGCCACGGCGACGUGGGCAUUGACUCCGUUCACCAUAACUGGUCAUUGGCGCUCACCAUCAGCAAAGUGCUCAUCUCCAUUCAGAGUCUGCUCACAGACCCAUACACCACGGUGUGUAUGGAGCCGGAGAUGGGCGAGAUGUACGUACGCGACCGACCACGCUUCGAGGAGUUGGCGCGCCGUUGGACGUGGCGCUACGCCAUGCACGACAUACUGCCAUAC